UGCGUGUGCUUGUGGAGUCAGAUCUUGCGCAGCGAGAAAGAUCACCCCGGUCCACACUGGUUUGUGAUUUUGGAGGCUAACCUGUGGGUCGGUGCACCACUGUGAAAAGCAUGAAAAUUGGGAACCAGCAUCUCACAGGACGAGUGAGAGGAAGGAGCGCACCAGCGAGCUGAACCCUCAGGAACCCCGGACAAAGAACUUUACCAGAAAAAAGGAGAACAAAGUCGCUUCAACAUUGGCUGUUAGGGAACCAUGUGCAGUUCCCUGAGCCCCAAACAGCCCAGCGGGCCCGGCCUGACAGACAUGCAGCAGUACCAACAGUGGCUUUCCAGUCGACAUGAGGCCAGCCUGCUGCCUAUGAAGGAAGACCUGGCCCUGUGGCUCACUAAUAUUCUUGGUCUGGAAAUCACUGCUGAGAGCUUCAUGGACCGCUUAGACAAUGGCUUCCUGUUGUGCCAGCUGGCUGAGACACUGCAGGAGAAGUUCAGGCAGAGUAAUGGAGAUCUGCCUACCCUUGGCAACAGCAAGAGAAUUCCCAAUCGGAGGAUACCGUGUCGGCGGAGCGCUCCAUCCGGCUCCUUCUUUGCACGGGACAACACAGCCAACUUCCUGGCCUGGUGUCGUGAGGUCGGAGUUGGAGAAACAUGUCUGUUUGAGUCAGAGGGUUUAGCAGUAGGUGUAACAACAUCAGUUCUUCAUAAGCAGCCACGAGAAGUCUGCCUCUGUCUUUUAGAGCUGGGCCGGAUAGCAUCACGGUACAAUGUGGAGCCUCCUGGCCUUAUAAAACUGGAGAAAGAGAUUGAGCAAGAAGAGAAAGCGCCUCUACCUCCUCCGUCACCUGUAUCUCCAGCUCAGCCUGCCCCUCCAUCACCCUCUUCAUCUCCUUCCCCAUCCCCUUCCCCAUCCCCAACUCCUACCAAAGUGACUUCUAUCAAAAAAAGCACAGGGAAGCUGUUGGAUGAUGCUGUAAGACAUAUCGCCAAUGAUCCACCUUGCAGAUGUGCAAAUAAGUUCUGUGUAGAGAGACAGUCGCAGGGUCGAUAUCGUGUUGGGGAGAAGAUGCUCUUUAUCCGGAUGCUGCACAAUAAGCACGUGAUGGUGCGAGUCGGUGGAGGCUGGGAGACCUUUGAGAGCUACCUGCUGAAACAUGACCCAUGCCGCAUGCUCCAGAUUUCCAGGGUGGAGGGCAAGAUAUCCCCCAUCAGCAGCAAGUCCCCUAAUAUCAAGGACCUCAGCCCUGACAGCUACCUGGUGGUGGCAGCGCACUACCGCAGCAAAAAGUAAAGACAUGAGACUGAAAAAAAUUCCAUUAAUAAAAGGACAGGUUGACUUUGUGCUGUUUUUUAUUGUGUAGAGAAGGGGGCGUAGCUAUGCAACAUAUCCCUGUUCUCAUGAAGUAAAUAUUAAAGCUGUAGUGCAACACCAUUUACAGAAAGCACAUUUUUGUCAUAGUGAUGAUUUUGUUUUGUUGGUUAAAGAUCAUUCUUGGGUGUCUUGAUUUGAUUGGGCCUGGACACAUGUUAGUAGGCCUCUGGGUGUUAUUUGCUUUUACAUAACGGCAAACAGCUUUGAAAAACAUGCUCAUUAUUAUCGUCACAGUAUAAUUGGUUAACUCAUAAUUAGUGCGAGGGAAGGUGUAGAUUUUCUUGAGAUUUGAGAUUUUCCUGUUUUUAUUGCAUCUGAAGCAAUAUCACAUAUGGUAGGUAGAACACUUUCAUCUUUUAGCUCCUCAUAUAAAUAUCUGUAUUUGUACAAGGUACAAACACAAGUCGUUUUUUUACAUGAAAUGAAGUGGGUGCUGGAGAUGUUGGCAAUUUUAUGAAGCCAGUAUUGGUUGGUACCUUGAUGUGGAUUCUAUUGAUUUGUCUGUGCUAGUGUUGUUUUCCCAAUUUUUUUCAUUUCCCAUCAAACUGAUCUUCUUAUCUAAAUUUUUAAUAAUACACAGACCCUAUCGGGCUGUGACUCAAAUGGGAUUUUAUCUCCCACAUUAGAAGAAUUAUUUAAACCCAAUGAAGUUUAAAUGCUUUACUUUAUACAUUUAAAUUCUUGUAAAAACUCUCAUAAAACCUAAAUUUAUUCACAAAAUGUUAUAGCUUUUUCUUUGUGCAUUUCUUAGUAGGCUAACAAAAUAAAGCAAUGCUCAUAUUGUUUACAUUUUGCAUAACUGUUCUAUGCAGUACAUUUAUAUAUUAGCAUUUUGAUUGUAUUAUGCAUUACUAGAAUAGAUCCCGUGUGUAAUAAUGUCUUCAUCCGACAAUCACAUGUACGAAUCAGUUUCACUAGCUUGUGAUUUAUAAAUAGAUUUACUCAUUUAAGGUCUCACGUUCUUCACUGUGUCGUAUUACUGACCCCUACAGGUGGUGCAGUGAUUUAAAUACGAUUAUUAUUGAUUACUUUUGGGGGGUUCUUACAAUGGAGAAAUAUCAAUCACUGCAUAAUAACUCAUGUUAUAUUAAUUUGUUUUUAUUCCUGGAGAAUAAAUAUGUCGGUUUGGUAUUAUAUUCACUGGCUGUGCAAAGCAACUUUCAAGCCUGAUUUUAGUU